GAGGGCGCCUCGGCUCGGCCAAAGCAGCUGAGGGACGCCUGGCGGGCUCCCGUCGCUCCCCGACCCGCCGCGAUGUCGUCCUGGCUGGGCAGCCUGGGCUCCGGCCUGGGCCAGUCCCUGGGCCAAGUGGGGGGCAGCCUGGCUUCCCUCACCGACCAGCUCUCCAACUUCACCAAGGACAUGAUCAUGGAGGACGCGGGCCAAGAGGAAGCAGAAUUAUCUGGUUCUCAGAGAAAGGACAUUGAAGCCAUCUUAAGAUCAGAGAAUGAGAGACUUAAAACCCUCUGUAGUGAUCUAGAGGAGAAGCAUGAAGCCUCAGAACUUCAGAUAAAGCACCAAUCUACAAGUUACCGAAAUCAACUACAGCAGAAAGAGGUUGAAAUCAGCCAUCUGAAAGCGAGACAGCUUGCGCUGCAAGAGCAAUUAUCGAAGCUGCAGUCAACAGCUCAGUCGGGGACCACAGCCGCUGCUUCGUCUCCUUUUCCUGUGGGCCUCAGUUCUCAGUCUGCAGCUUUACAUGACAGUGACAUGGAUUUUAGUGACAUCAUUUCUUCACAACAGGAAAUAAAUAGAUUAUCGACUGAAGUGUCCAGAUUGGAGUCUGAAGUUGACCAUUGGAAACAUCUUGCUACGACUCCUAAAACACAAGGAUCAAAUAGCGCUGAUCUAAAUGAAAUCUGCAAGUUGCAAAAUAUGAUUAAGGAACUCAAACAAAACCGGAGUCAGGAGAUUGAUAAUCAUCAGCAUGAAAUGUCCGUAUUGCAGAACACAUAUGAACAAAAAUUCACAGAAUUAAGCCGUAGACAUCGAGAGGAACUGAGAGACUAUGAAGGAAGAAUUGAAGAACUAGAAAAUCUUGUACAGCAAGGUGACUCGGAGAGUGGCACUGAUCAGUCUAAAAUUCAAGAACUGGAAAAUACCAUUCAGGUUCUGCAAACUGAGAAAGUUGAGUCUGCCAAAAAAUUGGAAGAACUUGAAGAAACAAUAGAAAGCAUAAAGAAAAAAUUAUCUUCUGCUGAAAAUGACCGAGAUGUAUUAAGGAAAGAACAAGAACGCCUAACUGUGAAAAACCAACAAGUAACUAAUGAAUGUGAAAGCUUAAAACUGGAGUGGAACAAAUUGCAGUCUUCUGCCACUGGGCAGAGUACAGAUGCAGAAACUGAAAUCAGCAGGUUGAAUAAUAUAAACCAGGCAAAUCUUGCUGACAAUCUAAACCUGAGGACACAUGUUCAAGCUUUAGAAAAAGAAAAUACAUUAAUGAUUGCAGAAAAGGAACAACUUCAGAAAACAUUGAUAAAAUUAAAUGAAGACUAUGAUGUACUUAAAAACACAAAAGAUCAGAAUUUGAGCUCAGAAUUACAGGAUUUAAGACUUAAUUUGGAUAAAAAGCAACAAGAACUCGAUGAAAUCAUUAAUGAAAAGAAAACAUUGAUGUCUGAGCUAGAAGAAUUGGAUAGACAAAACCAAGAGGUCACAAAGCAUGUGAUCUUAAUAAAAGAUCAAAUGACAAAACAGCAAUAUGAGGCAGAGACUGUCACCAAUAAACUGAAAAGUGAUUUAAAUGCUGAAAAACAGAGAGUUCAACAACUUGAAGAGGAUAAAAUAAACAUUACUAAAGAGUUAGACAAACAGAAGCUGGUCAUAAAUGAUUUGCAGAAGCAUGAUAAAGUAGAAAGUUUAGUAGAACAGCUAAAAGAAGCACAAGAAAGUAAAUUAGACAUCCAGAAGCAGAACAUGGAACUUAUGGAACAAAUUAAACUAAAGGAGGAAGAGCUUGCUGCUCUCAAGAAUGAGUUAACUUGUUUUCAUCAUCAGGAUUCUGGCAGUAAUUUUGAGGAAUUGCUUAAGGAAAGGGAAAUUGAAGCAAGAAAUCUGAAGCAAAAACUUACAGAAAUAGAGCAGCUUAAUGAAAGCUUAAAUAAAAGUGUUUGUGAUCUCGAAGCAGAAAAUGAAAAGUUAGUUUCAGCAUGUGAGGAUCUGAGACAUGAAGUAUCUGAGUCUGUCGCAGGGAACAAUCAGAUAGUUCUCGAAAAAACCACUGUUGUGGAGAAUCUGCAGGCAGAGAAAGAUAAGUUAGAAGUAGAAUUAUACCAGGUCCAAAAAAAGCUAUCGGAAGACAGGACCAAAUAUCAGAAGACUAUUGAAGAUCUUUCUAGUGCACUUACUUUCAGCACCUCUAAGAUCCAGCUGGAACAGGAACAGUUCAACAAAGUCAGUCAGGAGAAAGACUUGGAGAUCUCACAGCUCAGAAAGAGCAUUGAGCAGCUUGAGGCCAGUCAUGGAGAAACCACAAAACGGUUGGCUUCCUAUGUGGAAGAGCAGAAGCAGUGGGCACAACAAAACCAGGAUAAAGAACUCUGUAUUAAAGAACUACACAAAGUCAUUUCAGAAUUGCAGGAGCAAUUAAAACAAAGUGAACUUGACAAGCAAACCAUCGAGGAAAAAGAAAGAAUCCUAGGACAUAUGAAAGAAACAAACAACCACCUGCAAGAAAAACUGGAACGACUGGGGGAGCAACAGAGCCGAGCGGCUCCUUUGGCCCAGCCCAAAACCCUUGAUAGCAUCAGAGAACUGGAAUCAGAGUUGGCAAAUCUGACCAUGGUGAAAAAUCAACUGGAAGAGGAACUAAAGCAUCACCAGAAGAGGAUCAGAGACCAAAACCAGAGCGAGUCUCAGCUCCUGCAGUCCUUAGAGGAGCAUAAAAAAGAAUUGGACAAAUUAAAGGACCAGCUUGACCAGAUGAAUAGCACACACACUCAACUCUCCUUGGAGAAAGAUGAGCAAAUCAAGAACUUGCAAAAAACAGUCGUACAGAUCAAAGCCCAGUUGCAUGGGGAAAGACAGGGUAUUCCAACAGAGAACUCGGAUAUUUUUCAGGAAAGCAAAGUGCAGAGUCUUAACAUAGACAAUGAAAGUGAAAAGCAUGAUUUGUCUAAAGCCGAAACAGAAAGAUUAGUGAAAGGAAUCAAAGAACGGGAACUAGAGAUUAAACUCCUAAAUGAAAAGAAUAUAUCUUUAACUCAACAAAUUGAUCAGCUCUCCAAAGAUGAGGUUGGAAAACUCACUCAGAUAAUAGAGGAGAAAGAUAUGGAGAUAGAAAAUCUACAGGCGAGAAUUGCUUCUGCUUCAUACUCCCAAGAUGCUGUUUCCCUUCAACAGCAGCUGCAGGCCUAUGCCAUGGAAAAGGAAACUGUGCUAGCUGUUUUGAAUGAAAAAACAAGGGAAAACAGCCACUUAAGGACAGAAUAUCACCUCUUGAUGGACAUAGUUUCUGCUAAGGAAGCUGCCCUCCAGAAGCUGCAAGAUGAAAAUAAAAAAUUAUCCACUAGGUUUGAAAGUAGUGGACAAGAUAUGUUUCGAGAGACUAUUCAAAAUUUGUCUCGUAUUAUUCGCGAAAAAGAUAUUGAAAUUGAUGCUCUGAGCCAGAAAUGCCAGACCCUGUUGACAGUGCUCCAGGCAUCCAGUACUGGUAACGAGGUCGGAGGAGUUAAUAGUAAUCAGUUUGAGGAACUGCUCCAGGAGCGUGAUAAAUUAAAACAACAAGUCAAGAAAAUGGAGGAGUGGAAGCAGCAGGUGAUGACCACAGUACAGAAUAUGCAGCACGAGUCCGCCCAGCUGCAGGAAGAAUUGCAACAACUUCAGGUGCAAGUUUUGGUAGACAGUGAUAAUAAUUCUAAGUUACAGGUGGACUAUGGGGGCCUGAUCCAGAGUUAUGAACAAAAUGAAGCCAAACUCAGAACUUUUGGACAGGAGUUAGCUCAAGUCCAGCACAGCAUAGGGCAGCUCUGUAGCACUAAAGACCUUCUUCUAGGGAAGCUAGGUAGUAUUUCACCUCAGCUCUCUUCUGGAACAUCACCUGCUUCCAAGCCAGCAGAGCCCCCUCCUGCAGUGGAGACUGAUCUCUCAGGGGACACUUCUAGAUGGCUUCAACAAGAAAUAGAAGGGCUAAGACGGUCAGUGCAAGAAAAAGACGCAACCAUUAAAACUCUCCAGGAAAAUAACCACAGAUUGUCAGAUUCCAUUGCUGUCAGUUCAGAGCUGGAGAGAAAAGAGCAUGAGCAGACCGACUCAGAACUGAGGCAGCUAAAGGAGAAGCAAGAAGUUUUACAGAAGUCACUUAAGGAGAAAGACCUUUUAAUCAAAGCCAAAAGUGAUGAGUUACUGUCUUCCAAAGAAAAUCUCACUAACAAACUGGAUGAAAAUGAACUUCUGAGGCAGGCGGUAACAAACUUGAAGGAAAGAAUAUUAAUACUGGAAAUGGACAUUUGUAAACUAAAAGAGGAAAAUGAAAAGAUUGUAGCAGCAUCCCGAGAAAAAGAAACUGAAUAUCAAGCAUUGCAAGAGACUAAUACCAAGUUUUCUAUGAUGCUUCGAGAAAAGGAAUUUGAGUGCCAUUCCCUGAAGGAGAAGUCUGUCGCCUUAGAACAACUACUGAAGGAGAAAGAGGAGGGCAAGUCUGGGGAGUUAAACCAGCUUUUAAAUACAGUUAAAUCAAUGCAAGAGAAGAACAUUAUGUUUCAGAAAGAGAGAGAUCAAGUGAUGUUGGCUUUGAAACAGAAGCAAAUGGAAACCAGUACCAUACAGAAUGAGGUUCAGCAUUUGCGUGACAAAGAAACGCGCUUGAACCAAGAGCUGGAGAGGUUACGCAAUCAUCUUUUGGAAACAGAAGAUUCCUACACCCGCGAAGCUCUGGCAGCUGAAGAGAGAGAGUCUAAGCUGAAAAAGAAAGUUUGCAUGUUGGAAGAAAGGCUAGUUUCAUCCUCUGAUGCCAUGGAGAAUGCAAGUCACCAAGCCAAUUUGCAAGUAGAAUCUUUGCAGGAACAGUUGAAUGUGAUCACCAGACAAAGAGAUGAUACAACAGCGCAGCUCGCGAUAGCUCAGGAGCAAGUGAAACAGUAUGCUCUCUCACUGAGCAACUUGCAGAUGGUCCUUGAGCACUUCCAGCAAGAGGAGAAAGCUAUGUAUUCUACUGAACUUGAGAAGUACCAACAACUAGUAGCUGAAUGGAAGAAAAAGGCAGAAAAUCUGGAAGAAAAAAUCAUACCAUUACAGGAACGAUUGAAUGAAGCAAAUGCUGCACUUGACUCUGCAUCAAGACUUACAGAACAAUUAGAUGUAAAGGAAGAACAAAUAGAAGAACUGAAAAAGCAAAUGGCCCUCCGACAAGAAAUGCUGGAUGAUGCACAAAAGAAGUUGAUGAACUUAGUUCAUACAACAGAAGGAAAAGUAGAUAAAGUCCUGAUGCGGAAUCUUUUCAUUGGACAUUUUCAUACACCAAAACACCAGCGUCGUGAAGUAUUUAGGUUGAUGGGAAGCAUUUUGGAUGUCAAAAGAGAGGAAAUGGAGCAGUUGCUCAGUGAAGAUCAGGGUGGAGUCACCAAGUGGAUGACUGGAUGGCUGGGAGGAGGAUCUAAAAGCGUCCCCAACACGCCUCUGAGACCCAAUCAGCAAUCGGUCCUGAACAGUUCUUUUUCAGAACUUUUUGUUAAAUUUCUUGAGACAGAAUCGCAUCCCACCAUUCCACCUCCAAAACUUUCUGUCCAUAUGAAACUUCUGGAUUCCCCAGGACGGAGCAAACUGGAUACUAAAGUUUUGGAAAGUUUUAAAGAAACAGCAGGAUCCAGGGCUGGUACCAGGACAGAAGGAGGUUCCUUCCUGGCCCCCCGCUCCUCAGCUGUGCCUCUUCUUAACCCAGCUGGACUUGGACCUGGUACACCAGGGCAUCUUCUCUUGAAGCCCAUCUCAGAGGUGCUGCCCACGUUUACGCCGUUGCCCGUGUCAGCUGACAACAGUGCUGGAGCUGUGCUCAAAGAUCUUCUCAAACAAUGACCCCUCCUACAGCCAAGACAGCACACAUAGCACUUUAUGAAAAUCUGUCACAAGUGGCCUUUGGAAGAAGUCAGGUGUUUGACACUGUAGCUUUUCCAAAUAGAAUAAAAGUAAUUUUUAUGUUUGUCAAAGUGGCAGGGGUCCUGGGUCAUGGAUUGCUAGAACAUCUGCCACCUCCUCUCUGGUUUCACCAAAUUUUAGCUAGAAGCUUUUGAUCGUUUUAGUUAAAAAAUAGAGAA